AUGGCGGCGGUUCCACCACCAGAGGACGAUCAGGAGGGUGAUGAACCAUGGGCUCCAGGUUUUGAGAAACCGUGUGAACCUGGGGAAGAGCGGAAGGAGGAGAAAAAGGAGGGGGGGGGAGGGGGUGAGGGAGAGGGGGAGGGAACGAAAGGAGAAGACAUCGAACCCGGCUCCGGAGACACCGACAAAAAACCACCACCGAAAAAGGCAGAGACCAUACGAGGUACACCCACUGUUACUCAACCUGGUUUGGACUUGGCUGAGAGAACCGAACAAGAAACUACGGCCGAAAUCUUCGCGCAAUGGGAAAAGGCUGAAAUGAUGAUGAGAGCUGAUCUGGACGCCGGAACAUACACCAAGGAGCAAAUCGAAGAGAUCAGGACCUUGAUGGCUGCCAGUAAAUUAAAGAUGGGCUUGUCAGGCAAAAAAGCCGCGGAUGUAAUGACUAUUGAACAAUUGAAAGAGAAAAUCAUCAAUCUCGAGAAGGAUUUGAAGGAGAAGGGACAGCAUGGCGAUGAAAUCAUAGCUCAAUUAAUGGAACUCCAAGAUCAAAUGAAACAGACCCAGUUGGUGCGCGCUGAGGGAGAAAAGCGCGAAGCCAGAUAUAAAGAACAGUACAAAGAAGCUAUGGCGAAAGUAGAUGCCGCGACAAAAGAGCAGCGGGAGAGAAAAGAGCGAACGGAUAAAAAAAGGGAGGAAGAGAUCCGGCAGGCGGAAGCUCGGAUACUCGCCGAUGCACUGCGUGAUAGAGAGAUUGCGGUAAAUCUGCUACAGAGAGAGUUGACGGCCAAAGAGGAAGAAUUGGAUCGUAUGAAGGCAACGACAGAAGAAGUAAAGGAAUUAUUGGAAGUGGAAGCAGCAAUGAGAAAAGAGGCAGAGAUGAAAAUGGAGGGAGAAAUUGCAGAACUCCAGAAACAAGCUUCUCAAAAGGAUAAGAAAGUUGAGGAGCUUAUCCAGGAGCUAAAAACAUUGCAUGAAAGAGAUGAUACCGUGGUUCUUCUUCAACAACAAACAGAGAAGGGAGUCGGAGAUAAGAACGGAGGCAGAAAUCUCACAGAAACUCCAAAGAGAAGCUUUUCAAAAAGACGAGAAAAGCGUGAUAAUUUAGAAUUCAGAAGGCAAAUAGCCGAAUUGGAGAAAGUGCAGGGACAGUUGGAAAGCAAGAAUGCAGAGCUGGAGGUAUCAGCCAUCAAAGACCUCGACGAGAGGAUAAAUCUAGAGUUACGAGCCGCAGAUGGUGAUGCGGCACUCGAAAAAAUGAAGGUAUGGCAGGAAGAAGAAGAAAUUCAAAUCAUAAGAAUGAACGGUUUACUUGUAGAGAGGAGAAACCUGGCCCUUCAAGUCACUCGUCAGGAAGAUCAAGUGAUCGAAAAAGACAAGCAAAUUCAGUCUCUGACUGUGACGGUUGAACAGCUACAAGCUGUUGUUGAUGCGGGGCCGGAAGGGGCGGGUGCUGACAAUCUUCUCUUACGAAAACAAUUGGAAGAAUUUGGAACAGAAGUAGCCGAACUAAAGCAGCAGCUAGAGGGUAGCAAACAGGAAGCUAUCAAACAGGAAUCAGCCUUUACUAUCAAGCACACGAAGUUAGUGGAUGAAUACGAAAGUUUGAAAAAACGAUUAGAAGUAAUUUCACGUCAAAAAGAAGAUGCAAUUGUGGAGACUUUCAAAAACAAGGAGAUGGAAGGAUUCGAAAGGAAAAAGUAUGACUGGGUACAGGGGCGACUAACACAGGCUAGAGAGGAAGUCGCAAAAACUUUCCAAAAACAAAUAGAAGAACUUCAACUUCAAGAGGCUAAAACGAAACGAGAACUAGAAGCUGUCAAGGAGGACCGAGAAGCUAUCAAGAACGAACUAGUUAUUGCCGAACAAAAUCGAAGACAAUUGGAUGAACUGAAGAAAGAGAAUACUGCAUUGAAAAGCCAAAUGCAGGAACUUCAAAGAGGUUUAGCAGUAGUCAGACUCAGGGGACGGUUCCAAAAGUGCAAAGAGGAACUUGCCGAAGCUAAGAAAUCAAUCGAAGAUUUGAAGCAGCAACUCACAGCCAAAGAACAACAGCCUGGAGGAGAUAUUGGAGCAAAAGAGAACGAGAUUAGUCGUCUAAAGCAAGGGACAGAGAAAUUGGAGAGUGAGAUUCAACGUCUGAAGCAAAUCGAGGAAAAAGGACCACAAGACGACACUGAAUUAUCAAAUUUAAGACACGAAGUUGCGCAACUUAAAGAGCAGGAAGAGAAUUGGAAAACCGAAUCUAACCUGUUGAUCGUAGACAUGCAACAAAGUGUAGAUGUGAUCAAUGAACUAUCAACCGAGCAACAAAGACUCAAUGGAGUUAUUGUGGUUCUUCGAGGCAAAUUAGCAGAGUCAGUGACAGCUUACGAGGCAGCGAAGAAUGCUUGGAGAUUGUUAGAAGCUAAGGUUUUGGCAAGUGCAAAGACCGGUGGUGCAGGCAGUGCUAGUCAAACUCAACAAGCGCAGGCUAAGCGAAUUCAGCAACUCAUCGAUGAGAACAAGAAGCUACGAGAGGAACUCACUACACCGGAUACUGGUACGGGUCCAGGCACAGGGGAUUUAGCUAACUUUAACAAACGCAAGGCGCAAUCCCGUCUUCAGAAUAUUCAGAUGUUGAUGAGUUUCAUGGUUCUCCAGCGAGCCUCACACGGUUUUGUUGCCGGCGACAUGGAUAGUGUGUUAGCAGCAGUAGAUCAAGCUACAAUUGAGGCAUCGUUAGUUGGUGAUCAAAGAUUAAUCGUAGAAGUCGCAUUUUGGGCUACUAUUGCAGAAUAUUAUUUAGGCAACUCAACGGGUGCUCUUGUCGGGUUUGAAGCCCUCAAAGACUCCGAACAAUGGACAGAUAAAGAAAGAGAGUUGGUGAAAAAAUGGAUCGCAGAAUGUGAGCAAGGGUCAGAUUGUCCCAAGGAAAAGCUGGGUUAUAAGGAAGCUAUAGCAAUCGAACCUGUGUCUGAUGCUCCGAGUCGUCCCCCGAGACGUCCAUCGGAUAAAGCUCGUAGGGAGGCGAAGAAAGCUAAAAAGGCAGAGAAGAAAGCAGCGAAGAAAGCCAAGAAAGCCCAACAGAAAUCAAAAAGAGCUUCAGCCUCUAAACUUAUACCCAGACGUGAAUUAUACGUCGGUAUAUUAUCGGAGGAUCAACAGAAGAUCUGGGACACAAUUGACUUUGAGGAUUUCAAUUAUGAAAAAUUGACUACCCAGCAACAAUCUCUAUUUUCAUUCGAGCCUAUCAAAUAUGAGCCUGAUAGUCCUCCACCACUAUCACCACCACCAGCCCCUCCAACAGAAGAAAUUCCGUUCUACAAGCUCCCAGCAUUACCACCUAGCAGGCCUGGCUCUGAAACAUCAGAUGGCCGCCCCCCAGAAGGUGAAACAGAGGAAGAUCAACCCUCUCGUAUGGGCAAUGUGACUGCAAAUGCAGCUUUGCAUAUUCAAUUUCUCACUGCUCGCCUCGCCGACAGAGAAGCACGUAUCCAGGAGCUCGAGAAUAUGCAUGUCGAUAUGCUGACCAUUAGAGCUCAGCUUGAUGAAAGAGACGCGCAGAUUCAAGAAUUGAGACGGCAUAGCCAGGUCAUGAUUGCUGAAUUGACAAUCUGGAGGCGACUGGGCCUGGAACAGGAAGAGCAGGGUGAGGCUUGGUGGGCUCGUAUACGGAUUUGA